GCUCGCAGAAUAAAACGCUGAUCUCAUGCCCUGCGCUGCCCGAGCCUUUGGCUCAGCACCGGGGCUCUCACCCAGCCAGCACCCAGAGCCCCCCAGAGCCACCAGGCCACCCCCCAGCCCCCCACCAUGACGUCCCACAGGGAGGAGCUGGAGAAGUACCGGGACAUCGAUGAGGAGAAGAUCCUGCAGGAGCUGUCGGCCGAGGAGCUGGAGCAGCUGAACAUGGACCUGAUGGAGAUGGACCCCGAUAACGUGCUGCUGCCAGCGGGGAUGAGGCAACGGGACCAGACCAAGAAAAGCCCAACGGGACCCCUGGACCGGGCGGCUCUGCUGCGGCACCUGGAGAAGGAGGCGCUGGAGGCCACGGAGCGCCAGGACCUGGUGCCCUUCACCGGGGAGAAGAAAGGGAAGCCCUUUGUGCCCAAGAACCCCACGCGGGAGCUGCCCCGGGAGGAGCAAAUCACGCUGGAGCCGGAGCUGGAGGAGGCUUUGGCCAACGCCACCGACGCCGAGAUGUGUGACCUGGCUGCCAUCCUGGGGAUGUACACCCUGAUGAGCAACAAGCAGUACUACGAUGCCAUCUGCAGUGGGACCAUCAGCAACACCGAGGGCAUCAACAGUGUGGUGAAGCCCGACACGUACAAACCGGUGCCGGAUGAGCCCCCCAACCCCACCAACGUGGAGGAGACCCUGAGGCAGAUCCAGGACAACGAGGCAGCUCUGGAGGACGUCAACCUCAACAACAUCAAGGACAUUCCCAUCGCCACCCUCAAGGCCAUCUGUGAGGCCAUGAAAACCAACACCCACGUCAAGAAGCUCAGCCUGGUUGCCACCCGCAGCAACGACACCGUGGCCACUGCCGUGGCCGAGAUGCUGAUGGAGAACAAGACCCUGCAGAGCCUCAACAUCGAAUCCAACUUCAUCACCAGUGCCGGGAUGCUGAGCAUCAUCAAGGCCAUGUACCACAACCACACCCUCAGCGAGCUCAAGGUGGACAACCAGUGCCAGAGGCUGGGUGACACGGUGGAGAUGGAGAUGGCCACCAUGCUGGAGCAGUGUCCCUCUGUCACACGCUUUGGUUACCACUUCACCCAGCAGGGCCCCCGCGCCCGCGCCGCCAUCGCCAUCACCAACAACAACGAGCUCCGUCGCAAGCAGAAGAAGACCUGAGGGUCCCCCCAGCCCCCCCCGGGGCUGCUGGAAAUAAAGUGGUGACGGAGUGAGGUGG